AUGGAGGCAUUAGGAUGGAGAAUGGUAAAGUUGUGUGGUGGUUUACCUUUAGCAAUCAUUGUGCUUGGUGGACUUUUGGCAGCAAAGCAUACAUUAAGGGAAUGGGAGAUGGUAUACCAAAAUGAUGGAGUAUACCAAAAUGGAGCAAAAUGGAGCAACGACCACAUACAACAUGAUGAUGGAGUAUCAAAGGUGUUAGCUUUAAGCUACCAUGACUUGCCUUGUCAGUUGAAGCCAUGUUUUCUUUAUUUCAGUCACUUUUUGGAGGAUUCUGUGAUAGAUGCCAAAAAACUAUAUCACUUGUGGAUGGCUGACGGCAUACUGGCAACUGAUGAUAGAAUGGAAGAUGAAACAAUGAUGGAUGUGGCAGAGCGUUACUUGGGUGCGUUAGCACAAAGGUGCAUGGUUCAAGUACAGGUAGAGAAGUUUACUCAAAGGAUCAAAUAUUGCCGCAUUCAUGAUCUCAUGCUAGAGCUAUGUUUAUCAAAGGCAAAAAUAAAUGAUUUUAUUGGGAUCGUUUAUCUCCAAUGUGAAACUGAUCUAGCUUAUUGCUUUUCGACCACACCGACAACUACUACUAAAAUACGCAAACUUGCAAUUCAUUUGAAUAUGGAUGUCGAAAAAGUUGUCCUCCCUGACUUGGAGACAACUAAACAGUUGAGAUCGAUAUUAUUCUACAAUCCAAUAAGCUAUGGCAGGCAUUCAAUAGAGUUGAACUCCCAUUUCAAGUACUUAAAAUUGCUUAGGGUUUUGGAUCUUGAAAGAUUAGAGUUUGAUGAAAAGUCACUUGAAUCAAUAGGUAACCUAGUUAGUUUGAGGUACUUGAGUUUAAGAAGUUGUUCCAUACCGAAGUGGCAUUCGUCUAUCUGCAAGUUAAAAUACUUGCAAACCUUGGAUUUACUCAAUUGCUACUUCAACUCAGGUGAAGUAAUAGUCUUACAUCAGAUGGAACGGUUGAGGCAUUUGUAUAUUAGUUAUAACUCGAUUUUAAGAUACAAAUUCAAAUUGGAUGGCUUGAGCAACCUUGAGACAUUAGAAGGGUUCAACACAAGGAACUGUGACGUCAACGAUCUAUGCAAAUUGAUCAAUCUUCAGCAACUAGAAGAGGCAACUUUUUGGAAGACAGACAAUCAGGACUUUGCAGCAUUCAUCAACUACCUAAACAUCAGUGCAAAGCCACCUCCGACAAACAUCCUUAUCAGUUAA